CAGAGGCAGCUUUGCAGCGGCAGCGGCGAGGCCGCAGCCAAAGGGCCAGCGGCGACCGGGCUUUGCAGAGCAGCCCCGCCGGAUCCUGCGGCGGGUGGAGGCGAGCAGCUAACCCGGUUGGAGACGCUGCACCGGGGGCCCCCGAACCGGAACGGCCGCCCGGCUCAUGGCAGCGUAGGCGGUGCCUUUCCCCCCCUCUCCGACCCUGGGGGUGUUCGGGCGUAACGUUCCAGGAGCAAUGUCUAAGAAGCCUUUAAACAUCCCUGUGGAAAAUGGGCAGCCAGACAAGACCGAGGUGGAGAAUGGACAUCCCAACCUGAUGCCCCCCACUCUGAGCACCUCCAGUGUGGAGGAGAUGGUUCAGCAGAUGAAAGAGCUCAUCACGGAGAACAACGAGCUUAAAGAAGCCAUGAGGCAGCGGAACCAAGCCAUGAAGGACCGCUUUGAGGAGCUUUCUGCUUGGAAAGAGAAGCUGAAAGAGGAGCGGGAGUUUUAUGAGGCGAAAUUCAAGGAAGCCAGGCAGUGCUUGGCAACCAAGUGUCUUGAGAAUGAAGGUCUUCAAGAGAAGCUACAAGCCUUGGAAGAGAAGGAAGAAGGGACUGCAGAUGAAUGCACUCUUUCUAGGAAGGAGAUGACCCAAGAAGUACAGCAACUGAAGGCCCAGGUGGCAAAGCUGCAGGCUGAAAAGGCAGAUCUGGUUGCCAUCAUUUCAGAGCUGCAACUGAAGCUCAGCACUGCUGCAACUGAAGACUCGUUUGUUGAGAUCAGAAUGCAUGAAGGAGAAGCAGAGGGGGCCUUAAAAGAACAUCAGGAUGCUGAAGUCAAAAGAAGAGAUGGAAAUACAGCCAUAUAUGUCCAGAAAAAAUCUGUGGAUGAAGCAAAGAAAUACUUGGAAAAAGAAGAGUUAACCGUCAGCCAGCUUCUUCUUUCUCUCAGGACCGAGACUCAGAAGAGGGAAGCACUGGAAAAUAAGCUGCGGGAACUUAAGGACAAGUGCCAACAGCUGUUGAGUCUGAAAAAGAAAACAGAUGAGAGAGGCAUUCAAACAGAACAAGAAGCCGACAAGAAAGAAGAGAGAACAGAAAGUAUGGGAAAUGAAGUGGAAAUACUAAACCUGCAAGUAUCUGCCCUCUUCAAAGAGCUUCAGGAGACCCAUGCCAAGUUAAAAGAAGCAGAAGUAAUUCAGAAAAAACUGCACGAAAAGUGUCAGAUUCUUGAAAGGCAACACCCUGCAAGUGUUGGAGACUUGGAUGAGAAGCAGCAGUUGUUGUACACCGUUAAGAAGCUGGAACUCCAAGUGGAGAGCAUGCAGUCUGAAAUCAAGCUGGAACAGGCUAAAACCAAUGAUGAGAAAGCCAAAUUUAAUACACUACAGGAUGCAUACAACAAGCUCGUAGUGGAACUGACCAGUGCCUUGCGAACUGUUGAAGAAUUAAAAGGCAAAGAGGUCAGAAGGGUAGACCAAGCCACGUUGGAAGAACUAAUUCACAAACUGGAUCUAGCAGAAAAGGCGCUGGCUGCCAAACAGUUCCAGAUAGACAAAAUGAAGCAAACUAUUAUGAAGCAAGAGGAAGAGCUUGAGACCGUAGCUGUCCUCCGAGCUCAGAUGGAGGUAUACUGCUCUGAUUUCCAUGCCGAAAGAGCCGCGCGGGAGAAGAUCCACGAGGAAAAGGAGCAAUUAGCCACGCAGUUGGCAUACUUCUUGGCCGAAAAACAAGACCGUGAAGAACUUGGCAGGUGCUCCUUGGCAGAAAUGCAAACCCGUCACCGAAGCCAGCUGCCAUCAGACCAAGGAGCAGAAGAUCAGAAUCGCCAGCAGCAGCCAAGGGAUAUUCCUAUACAUUCUUGUCCAAAAUGUGGAAUAGUUCUUCCGGAUAUAGAUACACUUCAGAUUCAUGUUAUGGACUGUAUCAUCUAAACCAAAGUUUCUCAACCUUGUCAGCUUUAAGAUGUGUGGACUUCAGUUCCCAGAAUUCCCCAUGCUGGCUGGGGAAUUCUGGGAAUUGAAGUCCACACAUCUUAAAGCUGACAAGGUUGAGAGACACUGAUCUAAACAGUGUUCUCAGAAAUGCUCAGAAACAAGACCUGCACUUUCUAAGAAAAUGUGUCCAUUUGCACCCUCAUUAGAAAGCAUUUGGAAUAUUAAUAGCUUUUUCCUAAUGAUUCCAUAGGAAUGUUUAGGGUUUAGUUAUGCAUUCAAAAUUUACCUUACCAAGACUAUAACGUACAUUCAUACAAUCAGUUUCUAACUAGCUGAAGCUUAAUAUGUCAACAGCGUAAUUACUAGGAACCAAGAUACCUUAAAGACAAUGAAUUGAAUGAAUUAAAUAGUGAUUUAUUUGAUUAAAUAGUGCAGGAGUCACUAGUGGCAUAAUUUAAUACAUAUUUUAAAUUUGUAUUUUAAAGCUUAAUCUGUAUCUCUUAUUUUUUCAAGAGUACCUUACGGAUGUAAAAUUUACAACAAAGCCAGACAACCAUUUUAAAAUAUGUAUGUAUAUAUGUAUGUGAGGGUCACAGAUGCUUGCCUUAGUUUUUACAGUAAGUUAGUGGCCUUGCUUUAGCCAAAUGAAGAUUAAAUUAAUUAACUGCCCAAUAAUACUUUGUUGGCAUGUUUUGUUUCCUAUUUUUGUGAAUUCUUUUUGAAGAAUCAUCUGGAUGUUAUACUUGAAAAAAAGACUUAAUGGCACGAGAGGUCAGUGAAUUGUAUUAAUGAAAGAAAAAAAUAAAGCCAUGUCCCAAAAUA